CUGGAGUAUCGAAGCUCCAUUGAGGGCCCCGUGGGUGAUUAGAAUGGGAAUUGAGUCGAUCUCAAUAUCGUUCAGCCCCAGCCUUACUGGCUCGGGCGCUUACCGGCCUGGCGAGACUCUGCAUGGAGUGAUGACGCUCACCAUCGGGGGCCGGGAUCCCCACAGCCUGUCCUCCUUGCUGGUGAAGGUGCGAGGACUGGCUAGAACCAGAUGGAAGACGUCUUCCGGCUCAGGGAAGAACCGGCACACCAAAACGCACACGGAAGACCUGUGGCUCUUACGGGAAGACAUCUUCUUCAUCCGAGGGCCAACCGUGGAAGCUCUGUACCCGGGGACGUACCAGUACCCGUUCUCAUACACGCUGCGCCGCAGCCUGCCGCCGUCGUUCUCCGCGCAGUUCGGCCAGAUCAGCUACAUGUGCAAGGCGCGGGCCAUCAGCAGCGACUUUUUCUCGUUCAACGGCAAGGAGGACUUCACCUUCACGGUGCUGCCGCUGCUGGAUCUGAACGCGGAGCCUCAGCUGGCGGAGCCACUGGUGGUGGAGCGCGAGGCGGAGCAGUCGCUGUUCGGCCACGCCAUCGGCCAGUUCCGGAUGACCAUGUCGCGUCAGGGCUUCAUCGGCGGCCAGCCUAUCGACAUUACCAUCGACGGCCCCGACCGCCUCUUCCAGAAGAUGGCCAAGGCUAGCGGCGUGGUGAAGCUGAAGCAGAGGACGGUGUGCACAGCGCAUGGGCGCACUCGCGAGACGAAGACGGACGUGAGCGCGGUGACGGUGGCCGGCGUGCCGCAGCGGCCGUCCGGCUGGCGCAGGCUCCAGCUGACCGUGCCGCGGCACCAGGCCAUCACCAUCAGCGCCACCACCUGCCGCAUCAUCACCGUCACCUACUACAUCAAGGUCUCGUCGCGCCACAUCAACCUGCACCUGCCGCUCACAAUCGGCACGGAGCCGUUCGCGGCCGGCCCCGCCUGGCAGCCGUCGCCGCGGCCCAGCCCGGCGCACCCGGCCACCGUCACCAGCGCGCAGCGGUACGACUUCGCGCCGUCGGCGCCCUCGGCGCCCUCGGCGCCCGCCUGCCAGGCGCCCGACUACGACCCGCCGCCCACGUACGACGAGGUGAUGCGCGCCGGUGACGGCGGCGGCGACGGCGGCUUCACCAAGCUGGCGGACCUGUGA